AUGACAUGGUCAUCACAACUUGAAUCAUUAUGCUAUAUUGUAAUUGCAUUAACCGGUCUGGUUGGUAAUACAACAACAAUUAUUAUUUUCUCUCAACGACGUUUACGAUCAUUACGUUCAUCAUUUUUUCUUACUUGUCUCGCAAUAACUGAUCUUAUAUUUAUACUGAUACUUGUUAUAGUUUUUCUUCAUCGAUUAAAUGUCCCAGUUAUGACUACACCUGUUUGUAUGCUAACUAUUUAUUUAAGUCAUAUAGCAUCUUUUUUAUCAUCAAAUUUCACACUGGCCUAUACUCUACAUCGUCUUAUCGCUGUAUUUUUUCCAAUAAAAGCAACAACAUUUUUAAAACAACGCACAAAUCGUAUAGUAGCAUUUGCAUUAUUCAUAUUUGCAUGUUCAUUUUAUUCAUUAUCAUUUCCUGUAACAACAACUAAACUUGUUUCAAAUACAACCAAUGUUGUCGAUUGUGAAGAAGAUCGAGGCAAACCAUUGUUAUUUCCAUUUCUUGUUUUGGAUACAUUAUUUACGUUUAUUAUCCCAUUUUCAUGCAUAGCCUGUAUGAAUCUAGCUAUUGUUUAUAAACUUCAUUCGAAUUUUUCAUUAAAACAAUCUAUGCCAAUAUCAAAUGCAUCAACGCCUGCUUUAUGUCCAUCAGCAAAAGCAUCAACUAAUUCAUCAUGUCAGUCACAAACAGAAGCAAUGGAAUUACAAAAAUUGAAUAACAAUAACAAUAAUGCUACUAAAACUAAUAGUCAAAGUAGUAAUGCCAAUUAUACUACUCAAAGUAAAAUAAAUCAUCAUCGUUUACGACAACAAAAUCAUUUAUUUAUAUGUGAUCGUCCUAUGGAAAGACGUAAAAGGUCAAGAAAUAGUGGAUCAUUAACGUCUAUUACAUCAACACGAAACGUAUCAUUAUAUCACAAGAAUACUUCAAUUCGAAUAAGUUCAACUCAAUGUCGAGCGACAGCAUCAGCUAAAACAACUAAAAUGCUGUUAGCUGCUUCAACUGUAUUUCUAGUUUUCAAUUUACCUUAUCAUUCAUUAUUAUUCUGUUUUCUAUUUACUCGAGAACAACCAUCGUGGAUGGCUCAUGCCGUAAAUAUCGCUCGUCUUUGGUUUUUUGCAUCAUUUUGUGUAAAUUUUUUCGUCUACGUCAUUUGUGGUCAACGUUUUCGUAGGGAAGUUGUUCGUCUAUUUAGUUGUACAAUUCUUCGACGAUACUUUACAUCGCAUAGUCAAGCAAAAACUCAAGAACGUCAAAAUAGCAUUUGUUUAGGUCAUCGCUUAUUCAGAGCAGAAUCACCACAUGCAUCGCAUUCAAACUAA